CGCCACCGCCGCUGCUGCCGCCACCGCCGUCACGUCGUCGGCGCUAGCGGUGGCAGCCGGGAGCUCCCCGCUUGACGCCCUGACGCCGGCGGCGGCGACGGCGCUGGCUGAGAGGCUGCCGUUGCGGGUGGUGCGGAGCUGGAACGCGAACGCAGCGAUUCUGGGGCUGGGCGCGAAGCAUGAUGGGGCUAAUACCGCUGGAGGUGGCAGCAGUGGCAACAGCGGCAGCGGAGGUGACCAAGUGGCAGUACGUGUCGUGGGUCUUCACUGGUACGACAGCGAUGCUCUGGGUGUCGUACUGCUGCUGGGGUUGAGCAUGCGGUUGGUGGUGGUGGACCUGGAGCUGAACAUUCGGGAGCUG